AAUAGAAUUAGGCACAGCCAGCCAGUCAACCACCGCACUUUCAAAAUAUACAUACUCCGUAUAAGCAAACGCAUUUCCUCCGGUGGUCAACAGAGACUUCUUAGAGAGAGAGAGAGAGAAUGGAGAAGAAGCUGUCGGAGGCAGCCUUGCAAGGAGAUGCAACAGCGCUACAGCAAAUCCUAACACAAGAUCCGCUGAUACUGGACAGGAUCAUCGUCUCCUGCCUCUCCGAAACCCCCCUCCACACGGCCGCCGCGCUCGGCCACCUCCCAUUCGUCAACCUACUUCUCUCCCGGGCGCCGGCCUUGGCUGCCGAGCUCGACUCGCGAGGCUGCUCGCCGCUGCACCUCGCUGCGGCCAAGGGCCACGCCGAUGUCGUCAGGGAGCUCCUCAGCGCGACCGCCGAUUCCGGAUUCGUUCGGAACGCGGACGGGAGGAACCCCCUGCACGUGGCGGCGGCCAAGGGGAGGGCGGCGGUUCUGGCGGAGAUGGUGCGAGUCAACCCUGAGUGGAUCCAGGCUUUGACGGAUCGGGACGAGACCGGUUUGCAUCUGUGCGUCAAGUGGAAUAGGACGGAUGCGGUUAGGGUUUUGGGGGAGGAGAUGAGCCGCAACGGCGACAUUUUGAAUUGGAAGGAUUGUGAGGGAAAUACCGCUCUGCAUAUUGCAAUCACUCACAAGCAUCUUCAGAUCAUCGAGUAUUUGGUAUCAUUAAACGGAUUGCAAGUGAAUGCGUUGAAUAAGAGUGGAUUGACAGCUCUAGAUGUAUUGGGACAGAGUCCACGAGGCCUGAGAGAUAUGGAGAUUGAACAUCUACUCAGGAAGGCCGGGGCUUCAAAUGCUAGGGAUCUGCAUUUGAUCAGCAACGAUUGGGCUCCGGCUAGAAUGAAGAAUACGAACACGAGAGCAUUGCCUACGACAAAAAAGUCUGCGGACUGGCUGGGGAGGAAGCGUAGCUCAUUGAUGGUGGUGGCUUCUCUGAUUGCAACGGUGGCAUUUCAGGCGGGGCUGACUCCUCCGGGUGGCGUCUGGCAGGAUGACUACGUGAUAGACGAGGACGGGAACGCUGUGGCCGACCCUCACUCAGUUGGACACGCGGUGAUGGCGUAUAAACAGCCCAAGGAGUAUGGGAUCUUCAUGAUAUGCAACACGGUGGCGUUCCUGUCGUCUCUGAGCAUAAUCUUGAUACUGGUGAGCGGGCUGCCGCUGACAAAGAGGCGGUGGAUGUGGGUGCAGAUGGUGAUCAUGUGGAUCGCCAUCACGGCCCUGGAGGCCACGUAUUUCAUCACGCUCACGGGCAUGUCGCCUGAUGGUGUCGGGAGCAUGCUACGGGAGGUCACGGAGAAGUCGGUGCUGGCGUGGAUGACGGUUAUGGCCGUUGUGUUCAUGGGGAAUGUUGUGAGGCUGAAUUUGUGGGUUCUUAGAAAGUAUGGAUGGAUUAAAGAGAAGAAGAGACGGUCGGAAGGUGUUGAUGAUGAUGAUGAUCAAGAAGAUGUUUUCGAUUAGCAACUCUGCUUUUUUAAUCAGGAAAUGCAACUGUGGAGUGCUUGAUUUUGUUGAGUGAUAGUACCAUUUUUAGAUUGUUUAAUCCUGCAGUUGUACAUAUCAUAGCAUUUUUCUCUCUCAUCUGAUUCUAUAGUUCCAUUCUUAAUUUAUUGUUUGUUUGUAAUAUGAAAGAGAAAUAUAUUCAAGAGAAAAUUGUAUAGAUUACUUGUUUUCUUAA